AACACGAGCCUUUUUCGCCUCCCUUAACCCCAGCCAGAAAGUUUUUGGUGAGCAUAAGCAAGCGCAGAGAAUUGAACUUUAUUGUUCGUCGGUGAGAGUGACGGCUAGUUGUCCGCAGGUACUUACUGACCGGAACGCCUCCUAGCAGCCCGCUUCCGAUUUGGCCCCCGCUUCACCGGUCAGCAUCCACUGUGCCUUAAUUGAUCGUCACGACGCGCGAGGGAGGACACAUAUCUGAAGAGUCCCUUUGAGUUUCUGAGUGAAAGACGGAAUUGAAAAUGGAGCAAAUAGAUGCUGGUAAUCUUGCAGCGAGACUGAGGUGGGAACAGCAGGACUAUUCGCUCCAUGUCGAGGCUGCGUCGAGGCUCGAGAAGUACCCUGCAAAACAACACGCGCGACGCGUGGUCGAGAAGUUAGGGGUGCCGGAUGGAUUGGUCUAUCUGCCUGGCGAACCUCAACGAAACAAUGAAGAUAGCGAUAUGCCUAGGCGCUUUCGCCAGAAACGGUAUUUCUACUAUCUGAGCGGAUGCAAUGAGCCUGAUUGUCACCUGACAUAUGAUAUCCAAAACGAUACUCUCUCGCUCUUCGUCCCCCGAAUCAAUCCUAAAAGGGUAAUCUGGAAUGGACGCGGAUCAACACCAGCUGAGGCUAUGGAUAAGUACGACAUCGACCAAGUCUUUUAUAUCGAUGAACUACACGACUUCAUUGUGGAUUGGAGGACGUAUUACAGAGGUAGUCUGUAUAUCCUCCAUCCAUCGCAGAAUCCCCUGAAGCCCGGGUCCAAGGAUGUUGAUUCCGGCGAGCUGCAGCCAGCGAUGAAUCUCGCACGUGUGAUCAAGGAUGAGCACGAGAUCCGAAUGAUCAAAAAGGCCAAUGACAUUAGCUCCAGAGCACAUAGAGAAGUUCUCGCAAACAUCACUAAGUUCAAAAAUGAAGCCCAAGUCGAAGGAUUAUUUCUUGAUGUCUGUAUCUCAGAGCGAGCGAGGGAGCAAGCGUAUGCACCGAUCGUAGCUUCCGGUCCGAAUGCGGGAACCCUGCACUACGACGACAAUAACGAGGACUUUGAUGACCGCCAGCUCAUGUGUCUAGAUGCGGGAUGCGAAUGGGAGCUUUAUGCUAGUGAUAUCACGAGAUCUUUUCCGUUGUCCGGUCAGUGGCCGAGUAAGGAGGCAAAGGAUAUCUAUAGUCUCGUUCAGAAGAUUCAGGACACUUGCAUCCAGAAACUAGCACCGGGUGUAAGAUACCUCGACGUGCACAUCAUGGCUCAUCAGAUUGCUAUUGAGGGGCUGCUUGCAUUGGGCAUUUUACAUAACGGGACAAGUGAGGAGAUAUACAAAGCGGGAACUAGCAGAGCUUUCUUUCCACAUGGACUUGGGCAUCACGUGGGCUUGGAGGUGCAUGAUCCGGGACAGGGAGAUUUGAUGAGCAUGACGAGAGGAAAUCCGAAGUAUGAAAAGGCACCGUCAAUAUUCCCUGCAAAUUUCCACCUUCCAGUCUACGAUUCUCAAACAUGCAGAUCCCCAGCGGACCCUCAAAGCGGGUAUCUGGAAGAGGGAAUGGUUGUUACAGUCGAGCCUGGAAUCUACUUUUCUACCUACGCUCUCAACAUGUUCUACCUCCCCAAUCCUAUCCACUCCAAGUAUAUCAACACCGAAGCCGUGGCGCGCUACAUAGCCGUUGGCGGCGUCCGCAUCGAAGACGACAUCCUCAUUACUUCCAAAGGUUACGAGAACUUGACCACAGCACCGAAAGCCGAAGCCAUGCUAGAGAUUAUUCGAAGCGGGAAUGCUCAAUGGCCAUUUAUUUCGGGAUCCACAGAUCUGGGUCCUGUAGUGGAUUCUAGGAUUGAGAAGAAGCCGGCAGAAGAGGAAGAGAGGCCACUUUUGCGUGCUCCAGGGAUCAAGAAAGGUGCUGCGGAGUCGAUUUUGAAGCCUCUCAGGAGGGCGCAGACUCUUCCCUUACAAUCUGCCAGCAAUCACCGAUCCACAAACUUUGAGCCAUUCAAAGGGCCACCUCUAUUCCCCAAGUUUAAGCGAGCUACCACGCUCGAUGUAAAUGCCAGCCACAGUCGAAACCAGCUAUCCGUGUCCACGGAAUCCCAAGAACCAAAACCCCGGAACCCCUUUUGUGGCGAUGAUACAUCAAGCCUCACGCACGCCUACUUAGACUUCAUACAAGACCGACCUCGUUGGCACCGAACACUAGUUUCAAUUCCUAGCUCCCCAACUGAGGUUAAACCUGUUUGCAAGAAAUGCACAAUCCUAGCGCAGACGGUCGAUCGACUAAGGCUGAAUCUCAUGAAGUCGGAGCAAGAACUGCCGAAAUUGGGAGUCAAGCCUGCAGCGGCAAGGAAAGCUCCAGAGAUGUCGGAAUGGCCCAGGAUUGAAAGGGCUGUACCAAUGUCCCCAACCAGAGCAGAAGAGAAGUGUAUCGAAUCCAAUGAAGUGAAACGUGCGUUCGAAAGGUUACCCGAGAAGCCAGAACCGUAUCGUCAGAGUAUGCCAAAUCUGCCGCAGCCUCAUGAUGGAACUGCCCCACGGUCAGCUACCCAACUUGUACGUCCGAUGUCCAUAAUCCCUUCGACGAAAUCUUAUAGAAGCUGCCGCCUUUCGAAUGACGUGCCACUCCCUUCUACAAAAGCGCGUCGGUCAGCUACGUUUGAUGGGGACUUACACACUGCGAGGUAUCCAAGCCAGAAUGUCUCGAGCGCGAACAUCUACGAUCUAAAUGUCCAAACGAGACGAAAACUUCCCGUUCCAAAUGACACUCCAUGUCUCUCACGGGCAACUAUGCUGCAACAGAGACUUUCUGAUCACUUGCCCGCAUCACCACCGGACCUUCCAGCUCGAGAAGUGCCAGUAGCACAACCUUUAUUACCUGAUCCUUGUUCUAGGCUCCGGAAGCCGGUCCACAACUUCAAGGUAUCUAAUAUCCCUAGCCCUAAUAUAGCAAACGGUGGUGUAGAACACCACCCAGAUGUCGUACCACACACGGCCGCGGUGAAAAAUCACCGCACUCUGCCCUGUCCAUUCUGCUCCCGACCCUGCAGUAGCGACGAUGUCUGCAGAAAAUGCCCACAAGGUAUUACGGAAGCUCGCAAACAACGAUGGUUGCAGCCUUUCGAUACGCAAACUCCAGCGAGUCUUGAGUCCAGGGCAACUCCCCCAGUUAGAAUUUCUCAAGCUUCAGCAAAUCCCACACAACAGAACGAUGCACUAGAUCGGAAUCUCAGGAAAGCCAUGGAUAUGCUCUGGGAUAUAAAACAACAGUUACAAAGGUCUGAUUUGGGCACUGAGCGCGUCUGGGGAGAUGAAGGGGCGGAGGGGCGGAGAGAGUGGAGUGAGAGAGUCGUGGGAGAUGUUGGACGGGCUUUUGUGGAGCAGCCAUUCCCGAGACGUAAUUAGUUAGAAAGUAAAAGGAAAGGGAGGGCGAGAGUAAUCAGCUGUAUUUUGUGUUUAUUUUUGCCUGAAGCAAAAAUGGCGCGGCCUUUUAAGUUAA